AUGCCUCAUCAUCUAUGCUUCAAUCUACCUUUGUCCAACAAUUUCAGUCCUCUUCAUCAUUAUGGUCUCCACACUGCGGUGUUGUAUGCCUUUCCCCUCACAUCAUCUUCACUGACCCUCUAUUUAGCCCAUGAUAGGUGUCAUCUAUGCUCCAGCUUCUCAAACUCCACAUUAUCGUUUUUUACCUCUUUACUGUCCACCCCUGACCUCAUCCUUCUCAAUCCUUCAAACUUUAUUCUAUUGGGCGAUUUUAAUCAUCUUCGCCCACCCUGA